CCAAUCCCCCGUCUCCUCAUCGCUCGCUCGCUCUCUGCCUGGAGGUCAGGUCUCGUGCGCGCCCGGCUUUCCUCUCCUCGCCGCCAACCAAUCUGACGCCGACGCUCGCUGGUUGCCGCCGAUGGCCAAGGCGCGCAGGCCGCCUUUCGCUGCCGCCGAGCGGUUCCUCGGGUUCCCCCGCGGCGGGUCACCGGGGGCCGUGGCGCCGGCGCCCGACGGCGACGACCUGCCGGACCUCGCCGAGGCCGACGUCUGGUACUCGGGGAGCCCCUGCCCCGCGGGAUCCGGACCGGUGGAGGCGGAGGGUCGGACGGCGGCGACGGCGGGGGGCGUCGGCGGGCGGGCGGCGCGGCGCGGGGUGCAGGGCGGGCUGAGCCGCGCGUUCGGGGACGGGCCUGGGCGGCCGGUGGCGGCGUCGGCGCCCGUCGAGGUGCCCGCGUGGCGGAGCCGCUUCGCCGUGCCGGACCCGGAGCCGGCGCUGCUGUUCGAGAUGGAGAUGGACGACGACGACGGCAAGGCGGGCGCCGGCGGGUGGGUGCCGCCGCACGUGUACCUGGCGCGGCGGCAGGCGCGGGCGUCGGUGGUGGAGGGCGCCGGGCGGACGCUCAAGGGCCGGGACAUGUCGCGGGUGCGCGACGCCGUCUGGAGCCGGACGGGCUUCGACGGAUGACGACGACGACCACCAUCAAAAGCUUGGGUUUUGAUUUCCCCUUUUGCCUCCUCGACCACUCGCUCUCAGAUUUCUCCUUCUCUCCUUUUUCCUGGAUGAAAAUUUUGUAUCUCGCGCGGGUUGCUGCUUGUUUUUGGCCUCCGAUCCAUCGGCGAUUGAGUACUAAUCAAUGGGAAACAACAAGAGAUAGAGAUGAGCAAGGGAUGUGUGGUGUGUAGUGGCACCAGUAUAUAGCUCAACAAGUACAUUCAUGGGUUGAAUAAUCUGGUUGCUGAUUGGGCGGUUGGGUACUCGCUGGCUCCAACUAAAAUCAGUUGGGGCCUGAUGAUUCUUUCCUUUGGGCACUUCCCCUAGUUUGUUGUGGCCUCCAAAAGACAAAAAAUGGCCAUGUGUUGUGAUCCAAAAUUGGAAUCUUUAUAUGAUAUUUCCCCCCUUCUGAUUC